UUUAAAGAUGGCGUCUAUACAAUCAUGUAACGAAGCUCUGAAUUUCCCUGAACAUGAAAACGAAGGUGUCUCAGAGUGGGCUAGAUCAAGGAAGGACGGGCUCGUAAUUGACUGUGACAGUACCGUUGAAUCAUUUAGUGGAAUUAUGUACAGGAAUUUAUCACUGAUAAUAUCAUCAUCAACUAACAACACUAAAUCCGAAGAACUUCAGCUGAAUGCUCCAGUAAUAUCAUUUACAUUCUAUCCAAACAUUAAACGAAAACUUGCCAGCCCAGUGGAAAUUCAAUUUCAGUUGUAUAACAAUACGUUAGAUAAUGCGAGAUGUUCGUUUUGGAAGGAGUCAAAAAGCGAAACGUCACAAGGUUACUGGUCAGAUGAGGGAUGUCGACUGAAAAAAUAUGACAAAGACGAAGAAGUUGUUGUGUGUGUUUGCGACCAUCUUACUAAUUUUGCUGUGCUUAUGAGUCCAUCCAAACACCAGAUUGAGGAGGAACAUAAGGAGGCACUGUCAAUCAUUUCCAUGAUAGGAUGUAUAGUUUCCAUGAUAUGUCUUGUACUGAAUGUAGCUAUACAUGCAUUCUUCUGGAGGUUUAUUAAAUCGGUGCGGUACAUCAUUCAUAUGAACUUAUCCUGUUGGUUAAUUGUUGCUUAUAUCCUGUUUCUUGCUGGGAUAAACAGAACAGAAAACAAGGACGUUUGCACAGCAAUGGCGGUACUUCUCCACCUAGUGUUUUUGAUAGUUUUCUUCGGAAUGCUGACGGAGGGAUGUAACCUUUCAUAUACUGUUCUUAAACCACUAAGUACUAUAAAACCUGGGAUGCCACUUAUGAUAUCGUCUUAUGUCCUCGCAGUACUUAUUGUUGUGAUAUCUAUGGGUGCAUCACAGCUACAGGGAUAUGGAACCGAACAGGCAUGCUGGUUAUCAACUGAAACUGGAUUGAUAUGGGCAUUUAUUGCUCCGGUUCUUGUUGUUAUAGUGGUUAAUUUUAUAAUUGUUGUCUUCGUGAUUCGGACAAUGUGCGGCACUACAGCAAUGUCGAAGAAAUCAAACAAAGGACGGGCAAAGUCAGCAUUACGUUGCAUAUUGGUGCUCAUGCCGUUGAUGGGUAUGACAUGGGGGUUUGGAGUACUAUCUUUGAAUAGUGACACAAUUGCUUUCCAGUACAUAUUCGCUAUUCUUAACAGUUUUCAGGGACUGCUGAUCUUCAUAUUUCACUGCGUGUUGGACAAAAAGAUAAAAGAUGUAUUUACAAAACAGAGAUACAAAUGGCUUCAGUCGACGCAGAGUUUCGGAGCUUCUGAAGGAAAGAGAAGCAAAACACAAGACACUUCCAUUUUCUGAAAACCAAGAAGAAUCAAUUCAUCGAUGGAGUAUUUCAAAAUGUGAUUUGUAAGACAUUUUGGCCAUUCAAGACUGGGCUACAUCUAAAACAGCACUUUGUAUAUUAAAGCUUCUCGUAGAUCAUAAUCAAUCGAUGAAGAACUUCAAUAUUUGUCGGACGUUUACAUAUUCACAGAUUCCAUGAAGCCAUCGAUGCAGUAUUUGAAUCACCGAUAUUUCAGACUUUGGCAUAUUCAUUAAAUUCAAUCCAUUUAUAUAUAGUAUUCAAUUGUAACUUUGUCCAGCGUCUCCAUAUUCACAACUAUUCGUGGAUCCAGCUACUGAGUAUUUCAAAUAUCAGUUUGGUUUGUGAGAUGUCUGUAUAUGCAUAGCUCCCAAGGGAUCCAUCGAUGUAGUUUUUUUCAAAAGGAAUAUCGAUCUGUCGGACAUCUACUUAUUCAGUAUUACAAACGUUGAAAUGUUGGAAGACCACAUAUUCUCAGCUUUACACAACAUCUUGUGCACGUGAUAUUGCAAUAACGCUUGUUUUUGUAUUCGUUUGAUAUGUUACGGUGAAUGUUUCUUUUUUCAAUAUGUGGAUUAAAUGAAACUGCUACUGCAAAGAUAAAUAUAAACCCAUUGCCGCUGCGAUACAUUUUUGAUUUUAAUCUCGAUAUGAGAAAUUUGUCAUAGUAUCUUGAUAGAUAUUGCUUGUCACUUACAGUUUGUUAUGCUACAUUUAUUUAAGUAUUGGAGAUUAUCUAUUACAUUUAUAGGCUUGCUUUUUUUAAAGCUAUCAAAAACUAUAUAUGUAUCACCAUAUUUGUAAAAAAUAUUUUGUUUUGUCUCAAAUCCUUUAAAAUAGAUGAACAAAAUAGAUGAACAGUAUUAAUAUAACAAAGUUGUGGCAGUUUCAAUGCAACAUGAUUGUUAUAUUCACGUACAUUUUGCAUCAUUUGAGUAUUAAAGAAAUACCCAAACAACAACACAAUUUGAAACAAAAGCUAACAAGUGUCAUUUGGAUUAUAGAUAUAAGUAUAUUUGAAAGAUUGAUGAAAGCCGGUGUUAUAGGAGCCACUGCUAUAACUCUACCAGUGUACCAUAGAUGUCUUUGAAACUUCACGAAGUGAUUGAUAUAAUGUUAACUUUUUGCUAAAAUAUGAGAAACAAUAUUAACAAGGAGAGUUGGCGUUAGUUUAAACAUAUUCUAUAUAUAUAUACACACAUACAUACAUACAUAAAUUUUCACAAUUAUUCAUAAAUACAUUAAUGUAAAUAUACAAAAGGGUUGGGCCAAAAGUUAUAACAACAUUAUCGGGGGCCCUCCCCUGAAAUACUGACUGCAAUGUUAUUUAAAAAUAGAUGUGAAAAAGACAUAAUUAUGUAAAGUAUGAUUAAUUAAGUUGAAAUCUAAGAAAAAAUAAUUAGAAAAAAAUAGUAAAUAAAUAUAUUUUCUGAUAUUUGAAAAAACCACGUCGCCUACUCCCUACAACAGUUUUACUAUGAAUUUUGAAAGUUGACAAUAGUCUAACAAUUUGUAUAGAACCAUAAAAAAGUAUAAAAGAAAAUCAGAUGUUGUUAAACUAUAUAAACCUGUUCGUUUCUUUAACAAACUGAUGAACAUGAUGAAAUAAAAGCAUGCUUUAAGAAUUAGUUAAAGCAUUUAUACCAAAAAGUAACUUUUGCGUACUAAGAGGAUGAAAUUCUCUUGUAUUUUUAAAAAGUUCUAUCCUCUGAUGAUUAAAUUUUUGGCAUUGAAAUAAAAAAAGUUCAGCGUCCUCUAUUAAAGCACCGCAUUCACAAGCUGGGUUUUGUAUAAUAUGAUUUUUAUUUAAGUCCGAGUUUAAAUUACUGCAAUUAUUCCUAAGACGUGUAUGGUAUACUGUUGGUGAACGUUCACCGUUUAUAAAAUAAGACGGAACAAUGGGAGGUUUAUAAAUUUCUUUCAGUUUUCUUUUAAAGUUUGCUAACGAGUCAGAUUCUCUAAUAUUUAUUGAUAAUUCAUUCCAAAGCUGUAUUGAUGACGGUAUAACUGAUUUUGAAUAUAUUUCGGUUCUCCUUGUCAUAGUAACAUAAUUGGUGUUAUUUCUUAAAUUAUACUGGUUUUCAUUUGCCUUUUCUACUAAAGGGGGAAAUAACUGUGAUAAAUAUAAUGGCAGUAAAUUAUGUUUCCCCUUGUAUACUAAAACAAGUUUUUGAUUUUUUCUUCUUUCUGCCAAAGAUACCCACCCUAUUUCUUUUAAUAAAUUUUGAAUGGACACUGAUCUUGUUAAACCGGUGACAAUUCUAGCCGAUUCAUAUUGCAUUUUUUCAAUAACAAUGCAUUGGUCUUUUGAGACUUAAGUUACAUUGCAUUUAUUCUGAAUCAUCCCUCAUAAUUAUAAUGAUUAUGUUAAUACAAAAAUUCUAAUCAUUUAUGUUUUUGUUUUUUAUUUAAAUCACAGUUCGCCAUUGUUGAAACAAAUAUGACAUGGACCGAGUGAAAAAAUAAAUUGCACAUUAUUCUAAAACAUAAAUGUCAAGGUAUAAAAAGAUGAUGUCUCGCAAAUUUAUCUAUGA